AUGGAUGUCAAUGGUUUGCAUGAUUGCUUUGUAGCAACCCUUCAAGCGGAUCAAAACGUCAGAAAACAGGCCGAACUGAAGCUGAGGGAAGCGGAGCAGACUCCAGGCUUCUCAGGCGCAUGUCUAGACAUCCUUUCUACAGAUGGUGUUAAUCCCGCAGUGAAGUCUGCCUGUGUCAUUUAUUUCAAAAACAAAGUGACCAAAUCCUGGGACCCGGAAUCCAGAAGGGCAUUGGAUAAAGAUGAAAAACCAAUAAUACGCGAGAGACUGAUUCCCGCUAUCAUUAAGUCUGACAAACAGCUGAGAAACCAGUUCUUCCCAAUUUUGACCUCAAUCAUCGCGUUCGAUUACCCUCAUAGUUGGCCUGAAUUUCUGCCUACUACCAUCGGUCUUUUUCAGAACCCUCAGGACACCUCAUCGAUCUACGCUGGUCUAGUGUGUUUUUCGGAGUUGACUAGGCACUAUCGGUGGAAGACCAAUGAAGACAGGAGUCAAGAGCUCGAUCCCAUAAUCCGCCAGUACUUCCCCAGUCUGUUGCAGAUUGGUAAUGCUCUGGUAGAGGAUGUUUCCUCGCACUCUACAUACGAGUCUGGAGAUAUGGUCAAACUUAUUUUAAAGAUCUAUAAGUUUGUCACCUACCACGAUCUCCCUGAGCCUUUGAGGGAGCAGGAACAGGUUGUGGCAUGGGGAACAUUCCAUGUUAGAGUGAUAAACAUGAGUUUACCUCAGAAUGUGAUGGAGAUUGACGAGGAUGACAGGAAGCUGAGUCCGUGGGUCAAGUCUCAGAAAUGGGGAUAUGCCAACCUUUUCAGACUAUUCAGCCGUUACGCCUCGAAGAGCAUUGCACAGAAGUACAAUUACGAUGGUUUCAAAAAGUUGUUUAUCACAGGAUUUGUCCCAGAGUUGCUGAAGGUGUACUUCACCAGAAUCGAACAAUGGAGACACAGUCAGGUGUGGCUCAGCAAUGAGUGCUUAUCAUUACUGGUGGAGUUCAUCGAGCACUGUGUGCUUCAGAAGGCUCUUUGGUCCUUGGUCGAACCGCACGUGAACUAUCUGAUAUCUGACUUUGCAUUCCCAAUACUUAUUCCCAACGAAGAUGUCUUAGACAUGUUUGAAAACGAUCCUCACGAAUACAUAAACAUGAUCAUGGAUGUUUACGAAGAGGCAAGCUCUCCUCAGAUGGCAGUGCUUGGACUUCUGUUCACGCUUGUUGACAAGCGCAAGAAGACAACGUUGGAGCCUAUCAUGCAAUUUGCUUACAACAAGCUUGUGGCUUUUCAGAGCAUACCCGAGACGUUGGAAAUUGCUAAGGAGAAAGAGAGUGUUCUUCGUAUUAUGGGGGCCGUCGUUCACGAGCUCACAGUGAAAAAGUCGCCUUACUACUCCCAGAUGGAAUCUUUCUUUGCAACGUUCAUCUUCCCGAAUUUCAAGAGUCAAUUUCCCUUUUUGAGAGCUCGAACAUGUGAAGUGUCCUGCAAAUUCCAGUCGGUAGAGCUGACCAACCCAGAGAACCUCUCCACCCUCUUCCAAGGUGUUUUUGAAUGUUUCAAGGAUGAUAAGCAUUUGCCAGUGGAAUUGGGGGCUGCACUGGCGUUACAAGCGUUUAUAGAUGUUCCUCAAUUCAAGGAGGCAAUGUCGACUAUCAUUGUCCCAACCGUUGAAAGACUUCUGGAUUUGUCGAACAAAAUUGAUAAUGAUGCUGUUAGUGCAGUCAUUCAGGAAUGUGUGGAGAGUUUUUCCGAACAACUUCAACCGUUUGGUCUCGGUGUAAUGCAGAGACUAUCGGAGCAGUUGCUCAGAUUGUUGAGGGAGAUCAAGGAUGCCCAGUCGAAUGACUCUGAUGAUUACGAUGAUGACUCCACUAAAGAGAUGGCUGCUUUAGGUGUAAUCAACACUAUGAUAACAGUCUUGUUGUCUUUUGAGAAUUCUGCAGAAACUGUGAUGAAGUUGGAGGAGUGCUACUUCCCAGUCAUAGAGUUUGCCCUCACCAGCGAUCUGGAGGACUAUUUCGCUGAAAUUGCCGAGCUGAUUGAAAACUCCACCUUCUUGAGCAGAUCUGUAUCGCCAUGGAUGUGGAGAGUAUUUGAGCUCUUGAUGAUUUCAUUCAAGGAAGGUUCUGCAUUGGAAUUCAUUGACGAGAUGCUGGCUCCUCUGAAGAAUUAUUUGGUCUAUGGUGCCAGUCACUUGAAGACCAACCAAGGCUAUAAGGAUGCCUUGUUUUCUGUCUAUCAGUCGCUUGACCCAUCAGACAGUGAGCUGUCACUAUAUGGUUCCAACAUCGUAUCUGUAUCAUCAGAACUGGCACAAAACUUCAUACUGUGCCUCCAAGAGGACUCCGUUCCUUAUCUUCCUUUGAUCUUGACCAGAACCGUCCAGUUUUUGCAAUCGGAGGAUCCUGCGCAUGCCUCGGGACUCAGAUACUCCAUUGAACUCUCUGAUGUUAUCAUUGCAGCUCUAACCCAACAACCGGCUAAUUCAUUGAGCUUGCUCUCGGAGCAGCAGUUCCUACCACAAUUCUUCCAGCUUUGGGGCAAGAUCAUCCCUUCGUUGAAAAGGGUUUACGACCUCAAGUUGUCAACAUUGGGGCUUUUGUCGAUCAUUAAUCUUUCGUCAGAGACUCUCGUUGCGUUGAAGCUUGAUUCAGUGUUACCCCAGAUUGGUAAACUUCUGGGCUCGCUCCUGGCCCGUCUGCCUGAGGCUAUUCAACAAUUGGAGAGAAAAAGAGCAUCGUUCAAUCCAGAGAGCAGCGAUGUGAUAGGCGGUGGACAUUUCGACGAUUAUGAAUCGGAUAAAGAGUGGGAGGAUGAAGAAGGUGACCCAGAAGGAGAUGAGUAUUUGAAGUUUCUCGAAUCGGAGUCUAAAAAACUUUCUCAAGGUGGGUUUUAUGAUGAUGACGACGAGGAAGAUUUCGAGGACGACCCCUUCUCAAACACGUCUCUUGAUCCAAUCAACGUUUUCCAGGCUUUCAAAGAAGCGUUUAUCAAUUCUCAGCAGACUGAUCCAAACAAACAUGCUCUUAUCUGCUCACAGUUGACACCACAGGAUCAAGAAGUGCUAACAAAGGCGUCGGCUAUAUGA